AUUUGCAGAAUCUUCCGUCAGCCUCAGGGUCACCUGCUGUUGAUCGGAGUAAGCGGCGCCGGAAAAACGACACUUUCCCGCUUCGUGGCCUGGAUGAACGGACUGAGUGUCUACCAGAUUAAGGUCCACAGGAAGUACACCGGGGAGGACUUUGACGAAGACCUUCGCACAGUGCUGCGACGCUCAGGGUGCAAGAAUGAGAAGAUCGCUUUCAUCAUGGAUGAGUCCAACGUGCUGGACUCUGGUUUCCUGGAGAGGAUGAACACACUGCUGGCCAAUGGAGAGGUUCCUGGUUUGUUUGAAGGGGAUGAAUAUGCCACCCUGAUGACUCAGUGUAAGGAAGGAGCCCAGAAAGAGGGGCUGAUGCUCGACACUCACGAGGAGCUUUACAAGUGGUUCACCAGCCAGGUUAUCAGAAACCUCCAUGUUGUUUUUACCAUGAACCCUUCGUCAGAAGGCCUGAAGGACCGGGCUGCCACAUCUCCUGCCCUCUUCAACAGGUGCGUGCUGAACUGGUUUGGAGACUGGUCAACAGAGGCACUGUACCAGGUGGGUAAGGAGUUCACCAGCAAGAUGGAUCUGGAGAAACCCAACUACAAGGUUCCAGACUAUAUGCCCAUCGUCUACGACAAACUGCCGCAGCCGCCAUCUCACCGCGAGGCCAUCGUCAACGGCUGUGUGUUUGUUCACCAGACUCUCCACCAGGCUAACAACCGCCUGGCCAAGCGUGGAGGUCACACCAUGGCCAUCACUCCUCGCCACUACCUGGACUUCAUCAACCAGUACGCCAACCUGUUCAAUGAGAAGCGCAGCGAGCUGGAGGAGCAGCAGAUGCAUCUCAACGUUGGUCUGCGGAAGAUCAAGGAGACGGUCGAUCAGGUGGAGGAGCUUCGCCGUGAUCUGAGGAUCAAGAGCCAGGAGUUGGAAGCCAAGAACGCAGCUGCUAACGACAAGCUGAAGAAGAUGGUCAAAGACCAGCAGGAGGCUGAGAAGAAAAAGGUGAUGAGUCAGGAGAUCCAGGAAGCCGUGUACAAACAGCAGGAAGUGAUCAAAGACAAGCAGCUGAGUGUCAAACAGGACCUGGACCAGGUGGAGCCGGCCGUCAUCGAGGCUCAGAAUGCCGUUAAGUCCAUAAAGAAGCAGCACCUGGUGGAGGUGCGUUCAAUGGCCAAUCCACCCGCAGCGGUGAAACUGGCUCUGGAGUCCAUCUGCUUGCUGCUGGGAGAGAGCACAACAGACUGGAAGCAGAUCCGUUCCAUCAUCAUGAGGGAGAACUUCAUCCCAACCAUUGUUAACUUCUCAGCUGAAGAAAUCAGUGACUCCAUUCGUGAGAAGAUGAAGAAGAACUACCUCUCCAACCCGAGCUACAACUACGAAGGGGUCAACAGAGCUUCCCUGGCAUGUGGCCCUAUGGUGAAAUGGGCGAUUGCUCAGCUUAAUUAUGCUGACAUGCUGAAACGUGUGGAGCCUCUGCGUAACGAGCUGCAGAAGCUGGAAGACGAUGCAACGGACAACAAGACGAAAGCAGAGGAGGUGGAGCAGAUGAUUAGGGAUCUGGAGGCCAGCAUCGCCCGCUACAAGGAGGAGUAUGCCGUGCUCAUCUCAGAGGCCCAGGCCAUCAAGGCUGAUCUGGCUGCGGUCGAGGCAAAGGUGAACCGCAGCACGGCCCUGCUGAAGAGCCUUUCCGCUGAAAGGGACCGCUGGGAGAAGACCAGCGAAACGUUCAAGAACCAGAUGUCCACCAUCGCAGGAGACUGCCUGCUUUCCGCCGCCUUCAUCACCUACGCCGGCUACUUUGAACAGCAGAUGAGGCAGAACUUGUUCACAACCUGGUCUCAUCACCUGCAGCAGGCCAACAUUCAGUUCCGCACAGACAUAGCCAGAACGGAGUACCUGUCCAAUGCAGACGAGAGGCUGCGCUGGCAGGCCAACUCCCUCCCUGCAGACGACCUCUGCACCGAAAACGCCAUCAUGCUCAAACGGUUCAACAGGUAUCCUCUGAUAAUCGACCCGUCAGGCCAAGCCACUGAGUUCAUCAUGAACGAAUACAAGGACCGCAAGAUCACCAGAACCAGUUUCCUGGACGACGCCUUCAGGAAGAACCUGGAGAGCGCCUUGCGUUUUGGAAACCCGCUGCUGGUCCAGGACGUGGAAAGCUAUGACCCCAUCCUGAACCCAGUGCUGAACAGAGAGGUCCGCAGAACCGGAGGGCGUGUCCUCAUCACCCUGGGAGACCAGGACAUCGAUCUGUCUCCAUCGUUUGUCAUCUUCCUCUCCACCCGAGACCCAACAGUCGAGUUCCCGCCAGACUUGUGCUCUCGUGUGACGUUUGUGAACUUUACGGUGACCCGCAGCAGCCUUCAGAGUCAGUGUCUCAACGAGGUCCUGAAAGCGGAGCGGCCCGACGUGGACGAGAAACGCUCUGAUCUCCUUAAACUGCAAGGCGAGUUCCAGCUGCGUCUCCGGCAGCUGGAAAAAUCCCUCCUGCAGGCUCUGAACGAGGUGAAGGGUCGUAUCCUUGACGACGACACCAUCAUCACCACUUUGGAGAACCUGAAGAAGGAGGCGGCCGAGGUGACCAGGAAGGUGGAGGAGACCGACAUUGUGAUGGCCGAGGUGGAGGCCGUGUCUCAGCAGUAUCUGACGCUGUCCUCCGCCUGCAGCAGCAUCUACUUCACCAUGGAGGCUCUGAACCAGAUGCACUUCCUCUACCAGUACUCUCUGCACUUCUUCCUGGACACGUACCACACCGUGCUCUACGAGAACGCCAACCUCAAGAGCAUCAGCGAUCACUCGCAGAGACUUGCUCUCAUCACCAAAGACCUGUUCCAGGUGGUGUUCAACAGGGUGGCCCGGGGAAUGCUGCACCAGGACCACAUCACCUUUGCAAUGCUGCUGGCUAAGAUCAGCUUGAAGGGCAUAACGAGCGAGCCGCCGUAUGAUGCAGAAUUCCAGCACUACCUGCGCGGUAAGGAGAUCGUCCUGACGGGCACGGCGCUGCCCAAAGUGAAGGGUCUGACCACAGAACAGUGCGAGGCCAUGGUCCGACUCAGCCACCUGCCCGCCUUCAAGGACCUGGUGGCCAAAGUGGAGGCUGACGAGCAAUUCUUCAUGUGGGUCCAGAGCAACACUCCAGAGUUGGCGGUUCCUUACCUGUGGUCGGAGGAGAAACAGUCGACUCCCAUUGGUCAGGCCGUCCACAUGCUGCUGCUGAUCCAGGCCUUCCGUCCCGACCGCCUGCUGGCCAUGUCCCACAUCUUCGUCUCCAAAGUGCUGGGAGACACCUUCAUGAGCAUCAUUGAGCAGCCUCUUGACCUGGCUAAUAUUGUGGACAGCGAGGUGAAGCCCAGCACUCCUGUCCUGAUGUGUUCCGUCCCCGGUUACGACGCCAGCGGGCUGGUCCGAGAUCUGGCUGCUGAGCAGAACAAGCAGAUCACCUCUGUGUCCAUCGGUUCAGCUGAAGGCUUCAAUAAGGCCGACAGAGACAUCAACACUGCCGUAAAGUCUGGCAGGUGGGUGAUGCUGGAGAACGUCCACCUGGCCCCCGGCUGGCUGAUGCAACUAGAGAAGAAGCUGCACUCCAUGCAGCCUCAUGCCAGCUUCAGGCUGUUCCUCACAAUGGAGAUCAACCCCAAAGUCCCGGUGAACCUGCUGCGGGCCGGCCGUAUCUUCGUGUUCGAACCUCCUCCUGGAGUCAAAGCCAACAUGCUCCGGACCUUCAGCAGCAUCCCGGUGGCUCGCAUGUGCAAGGCCCCCAACGAACGAGCUCGGCUCUACUUCCUGCUGGCCUGGUUCCAUGCGGUCAUCCAGGAGCGCCUGCGGUACGCGCCGCUCGGCUGGUCCAAGAAAUACGAGUUCGGAGAGUCCGACCUCCGCUCUGCUUGUGACACGAUAGACACCUGGUUGGACGACACCGCCAAGGGUCGUCAGAACAUCGCUCCAGAUAAGAUCCCCUGGGCCGCCCUCAAGACCCUCAUGGCCCAGUCCAUCUACGGCGGCCGCAUCGACAACGAGUUCGACCAGCGGCUCCUCAUCACCUUCCUGGAUCGCAUCUUCACCAAGCGAAGCUUCGACAGCGAGUUCAAACUGGCUCUGAAGGUGGACGGACAGAAGGACAUCAAAAUGCCCGACGGCAUCAGGCGAGAAGAGUUCAUGCACUGGGUAGAGAUGCUCCCCGACACUCAGACUCCAUCUUGGCUGGGGUUGCCGAGCAACGCAGAGAAGGUCCUGCUCACCACCCAGGGUAGGCCUCCAUCACUGCCGUUCUCUGCAGCGACGCAGAGUUUAACGCAACCAAACAUACUUCUAAAUCCUUUAACUUCUUUUUGGUUAUUUUCUGGAAAAUGUGAUCAAAUUCUGCGCCUUCUGCAUUUGUUUCAACUUUCCUUUGGUCUGAACAUCCAGGACCCACUGUUCCGCUUCUUUGAGCGCGAGGUGAAGAUGGGCGGCAAGAUGCUCCAGGAGGUCCGUCAGGACCUGUCUGACGUGGUGCAGGUGUGCGAGGGGAAGAAGAAGCAAACCAACGACCUGCGCACGCUAAUCAGUGACCUUGUUAAAGGUGUCCUCCCCCGCAGCUGGUGCCGCUACACGGUCCCCUCCUCCAUGACCGUCAUCCAGUGGGUGUUGGACUUCAGUGAGCGAAUCAAGCAGCUGCAGCAGAUCUCCCAGGCAGCUGCCAGCGGCGGCGCUAAAGAGCUCAAGAACAUCCAUGUGUGCUUGGGCAGCCUGUUUGUGCCAGAGGCGUACAUUACUGCUACCCGCCAGUAUGUGGCGCAAGCUAAUAGCUGGUCCCUGGAGGAGCUGUUCCUGGAGGUCAACGUCACCACGGCUCAGGGCGCUUCACUGGACGCCUGCAGCUUCGGCAUCAAAGGCCUGAAGCUGCAGGGCGCCACCUGUGCCAACAACAAGCUGUCCCUGUCCACCUCCAUCUCCACGGAGCUGCCGCUCACUCAGCUCCGCUGGAUGAAGCAGAGCAACGCCGAGAAGAGACACAUGGUGACCCUACCCGUCUACCUGAACUUCACCAGGACUGACCUCAUCUUCACCGUGGACUUCGACAUCGCCACCAAGGAGGACCCUCACAGCUUCUACGAGCGCGGAGUCGCUAUCCUCUGCACCGAAUAAUUGCAUGGAGUCAUUCCUGUCGCCCUAAUUAAUCAUUAAACUGCAUUUAAUCUGUCUUUCAUUACUGGCUUUCCCAUAGAGGUAGUGCUUCUGUGAUUUAUCCUAAUAAUAACCUUAGAGAUGUUUGUGGAGCAGUGAUCCUCCGAUCGUAGAGUUCCUGGAAAGUGAUUGUGAAGGUGAAGAGGAAGUCGUCAGAUGGAAAAAAAAAUGGGAAGGAAAUGAGUUUAGUAGAAAGGUUGGAAAUGUUUUAAAGAGGAUGUUUUUAGAUUGAAUAAAGCUUCUUGCAUUGUGAUGA